AUGGAGUACGGUAGAAAUGACUGGCCCCAGGUCAUUAUGGAAGCUGGUGAGGAAAACUGUAGUACCAACCUGAAGAGACAGAGAGAACCUCUGUCAGAUUCAGAAGACAACGUCCACUCAGCACCAGUAAACGAUGGCCUGAAGCGGCGGCGUCUGGAAGCAGCUGGUCAGGAGAACCGAAGUCCUAAACAAACCUCUUCUGGACGCCUGGCUGAGCUAGAAACAAAGCCAGACACGCCUAUAGUUCCUUCAGUGCGCUCCCGAGUUCAGCUGCUGACUCAAAGAGACGGAGCUCCUCUGGCGCAGCGGUGCCUCUCAGAUCCCGGAGCUCACUGCUCGUCUGUCAGUGUCCACGACAAGGAGCAUCUGCUGGGUGAGGGAGAAUUUAAUCAGCGCAAGGAGCGCUUUAAGUCACCGCUCUCCCAGGCAAGCCCGGCCUUCAUGCAGAGCCCCUCAAGCUCCUGUCCACGGUCCCGCUCCCACCUCGUGACCGGCAUUCAGCAGAUGCUCCAGUGCUCAACGACCCCCAGCUCCAAGCAGGCCUCCCGAAUCCGUCAGGAACGGGACGAGGAGCUGAACCAGUUACGCUUCCAGCCAAUCAGUGAAAAUGCCUGGCUGAAAAGAAGCAGCUCCGAUUCCUCCCUAACUCAGCCUGUAAGCUCUCGUGAGGAGCAGGAUCGUGAUGGUCAUCACAGUGAAGACUUCAGGGAGGAGAAGGAGCACAAGGUUUCUGUUAUGAAUGAAGACCAGCAGGCAUGUUCAGAGCAACCAGAAAGCCAGACUGUGUUAAUGUUGUCCUUCAGCGAGGGUCAGCAGAGUUUUCUAGAAUCAACUUUUCAAGACGAGUCGAAAGGAAAAGAAAGGAUGGAGGUUUCUGAAAUAAGUGAGCGAGACACGUCUGAGGUGUUAACUUUGGAUGAAGAUGAAACGGUAGACAAUUCCUCGUGUGCCGAAGAGCAGGUGGAGCUUUCAACAGAGGAGGACUUAAAGAUGUGGAGGUAUCCUCAACGGAGUGCGUAUCAGGAUGAAGAAUCUGUUGGAGGUAAAGAACAGGAGGCCUGCAGUCAAAAGGCAUUUGAAUCGUCCAAACUUGACAAGGAGAAAGCUGCGUCAGAAAGCUGUUUAGAUGAUUCUGUGAUAGAAGAGUCUGGUUUCGAGGGUGAUCAAGAGAAAGUGGAGGUCUGUGCAGAGGGUGUUGCGAAAGCGCCGCAGAAAGGCGUAGCAUGCGCUGAUGAAUCGGAGGCUAUGAAAGGUGGAUCUGAAGCCUGGGAAGAAAGCCAGAUGGAGAAGGGAGAACUAGAUAGGAAUAUUGCACAUGUAGAGCUUUCAGCUGCGAGGCAAGGUGUUUUAGAUGGGCAGAGAGACGAAACCCAAGAGAAACGGGGAAAAGAAAGCUCAAAGAAAGUCACCUUCAUCCUGAAGCCCGAGCUGAUUAACAGCUCUGCUUUGUCUGCGAGCGACACAUCAAUGGAGUCCAGGGCAGAGACGAGUCUGUCAGGUGAGAUCAGUCUUGGUGUUGGUGUACAGCACCGGGGCUGCGUUAAAGAGAGGUGGAGCACAUGGGUGAAGUGGCCGGAAACAGGUCUGAGCUCGCACGAUGAGACCAACACGGCUGAAUUAAUCGAGCAGAUGUUUGACGAGGUGCUGGAAUACGCUGAAAGGGCAGAAGAAGAUCGCAAUCCAGAUGAAGAUAUAGAGGACCGCGACAGUGGCAUCGGUGUUUGCUCCGGAGGCAAAGACAAGAUGGACACAGACGGGGAGAAGCGUGAAGAAACGGAAGCCAAAGAGGAGGAGGACGAUCCCAACAGGAAGCUUGACAGCAUCGGAGAUGAACUGCUCACUUUUCCUCCAAGUGGCAUCCUCUCUCCUCUCAGCAAGUCUGUAGAGGCUGUGGUCACCCCACUGCGUCUGGCAGCAGCUCAAGAGUCCAAUCCUCCAUCUUUGCUCCUGACCCCAGAGGAGACCAGCACUCCUCCUGCUGAGUCAGCGCCUCUAUACAGGCUGAGCAAGCUCCCCACCAUUCAGAGCGUCACACCAGCAGUUCAGAGACGAGCUCCAGACACAUCCAAGCCUCAGCCCUCCAUCAACGCCAAGGAGAAAAUCACAGCUCUAAAUGAAGAAGCGGGAAAACUGCAGAAUGUGAUCAACCAGACUCUCCAGGCUCUGAGCUGCUGCAUUGAUGAAGAACACGGACGAGGCUCGCUGGAGGAGGCGGAGGCUGAGAAGCUGCUGCUGGUCUCCUGUGAGAAACGCUCCGCCCUGCUGGCAGAGGUGGCCAGACUGAGAGAGGAGAGGAGCUCUGAAUCUGAGGAGGCAGCGAAGGAGGACACAGAGUACGUUUCUCUGCAGCCCUGCAGAGGCACCGUCAGCAUCACCAGCAUCCAGCUGCCCCUGAAGGUGGAGUUCGUCUGCUCUUCUCACAACCGCACAGGUCGAGCGAGCCACUACUUCUUCGUUCUGAUCCGUUACGGGCCGUGCAACAUCGUCGCCACUCCGCUGGCCACAGCGGCCGACGCUCGAAACGGAGACACCAUCUCCUUCCCCACAUCGGUCACAUUGAAGGAUAUUCGUUCAUCUUUUGAGAUAGACGUGGAAGUCUACAGCCUGUCCCACACUUCAGGAACCAGCUGCAGCAUGGAUCGGACUGCCACCACCACCAAAUCACGGGCGAGUCACACCGAGAAAGCUUCUGAGCACCAUGAAAGUGAGUAUUCAGGGUUUGUUUCCCACUCUGGACGUUUGCAAUGCUGUUUUGAUCUAAAUCUUUCUUUUGUUUGUUUCCUACAGAGAUCCAGUAACACUGUGACAAGCACUACCCCCACCACUCUGAGCGCUCGCCGCUCCAGCAACUUCUCUCUGGUGGGCUCUCAUAAGAUCAGCUUGGCCUCACUGGGACACACCAAGUUCCCUCUGGAUAAGAUGAAAUUUGAAGGCAAAAUCAAGAGGCUGCUUGGAGAUGAAUUUCUGGAAAAGGUGCCAUUUCUCUCUCCUCUGGAGGGCAACAUCUACCUGCACCUGGACAGCAAAAGCCACUCCAACGUCCAGCACCAAGGCUUCCUGACAAUGUUUGAGUUAAUCAGCGGAUUCGGGGUGUGGCAUCGCCGCUUCUUCAUUCUGGAAGGAUGCAACAUGUGCUACUGGAACCACCCGAAUGACCGAGAAACCAAAGAAGCAGAAGGCAGCGUGUCCCUGUCCAGGUUCCCCAGUCAGUGCGUCAGGCCGGUGAAGAGAGACUCCUGUGCUCGACCUUUCACCUUUGAGCUGGUGAGCAGCAUCGCCCAGCAGCAGGACCAGAACCAGGAGGCAUUGGCCAAGUGCUGGUUUUCGGCCGACACAAAGCAGGAGAGGCUGGACUGGAUGGAGAAACUCAACCAGGCCCUGCUGGACUUCCACACAUGGAACCGGACCGAGUCGGAGAGCCAGCAGGCAAACACAUCCAUCGGUGGGAGCCUAAGGGAAAGUAUUCUGUAGCGUCCCCGUUUCCUGCGCUCCCUGAAGGCGGCGCUCACACCGUCGUUGGGACUCGGGCCGGUUUGGAUCCGCACCGACAAAACGCGUCUGACGUUAACGUCUUUGGGAAAUUUUGAUUUUUCUGUUUUUAUUUGAACCUGAAUCCAAUCUUUAUUGUUGGUUUUCAUUUUUAUUUUCAAUCUCAGCGUUGCCAAGAGAAAAUUUGUAGUUUUACGUCAUCAGAUUUUUCUGGAGAUCUGGUUUUAUUUAGUGUUUGUUUUUCUUUUCUGGUUUUUGGGAGUCGGUUUCUUUGUGUCAGUAUUAUUUGAUCACUUUCCUUUGAUCCUUGUAGUUUAUUUACUUAAUUCACACAGUUAUUUGGAUUCAGAUUCUAUUUUUGUAUCAUUUAAGAUGUAAGGUUAAAGCAAUGAUCUGUAUAAUCUGAUGAACUAAUACUAGGAUGGGAGAGUGCUUGGAAAAAGCCAGAAACACUACACAUGAUUUAAAAGUUUUUUUUAACGGGAGCUUCUUUAAAAAGGGGAUGUUUUCGAUUAUGGACCUCUGCUUCAGGUGGAUGUUAACUGAACUAACUACCAGAUACGUUUACUGUUUUGAGGGCAAAUGUAUAAUUAGUAGCUUACUUGUUAAAAAAAAAAGAAGUUAUUUCUCUUGUUCUGAUUGGGAAUCUGUAUCUAAUGACACAUCGAAGGCUUCAGAACAUCCUAUAAUAUACAAAUGCAUUUUACGUGAGGAGGUUUUCUGUAAAUGGGAGUUUUUGUGUGGAAAAACUGGUUCAUCUGUGAUGCGUUUCUGUCCUUUUGGAUGUGCAAAGAAUCUGCAUCUUUGGUUGUUCCUCUAAAUGUGGCACCUUAGUGAAGGAAACCGUCAUAAUAAGAGAGAGACACUUGUAAUUUGUGGUCUAGCUUCUCUCCCAGCGCCGUGAAGAGUUCAUGGGUAUUUCUAAGCACACUUUUUGUGUUGGUGCGCACAAACAGAAGGCUGCUGUGUCACUUUAGCUGGAAUGAAUGUGGUCUGUUUAGUUUCUCCUCCGAGUGUUUCCACCGAGAAUCUGUCACUUUGUUAUAAAUGUUGUUUAUGUGGACUUUCAUAUGCACUUAAUGGAAAGUACCAAUAAAAUAAUCAGAAUAUGAAACAUUGGGAAUGUUUCCCCUUUUCAGUGAACUUAUUUCCAAGACAUUA